UCUACUUGCUUGGAUAGAUUAUGUCUUGCUUUUAUAGAUUAUGUGUGAGGAAAUACGCUUUUUCUUCCUUGUCUGUAGAGGAAGAGAUCAGAACAUAGUGCUUGGUGUAAAACUUUCACCGGGAUGAGUGGAGAGAUGCAGCCUGCUGUGGUAAGAUUUUGUUGUGGCAUUCUGAGGUUGCUCUGUUGAGUUUUUUGAGAGCUCUUUUUUUUUUUUUUUUCUUUCACCUCCCCCAGUCUAUUAACCAGACCAUCAUGCUUAAUUUUCUUUCCCCGCAUGAUUCAGGAACAUUUUAUCAGGAUAGACUCACAGAAAGAACCAGAGUGUGUAUUUGUCAUUGGAAUUGAGCUUGCUUUUUAAAUGAAUUUGUUUUAAAUAUCUGUGGAUAAUAGGUGUUUUGUGUAAAAGGGUUGUAAUUGCCUUUGUAAUCUUGUGCUAGGGGUGAAGUUGGGUUCUAGUUUCCCUUUACAGUUAGUUUUUGUGAAGAGGCAUAUAGUUAAAGUGAAAGCACAGUGUCUGGGACAAUAAUUGUUUGAAAUUUUUUCCUAUCUCACUUUAAAAGAAAUGAAUUGAGGUAUUCCUAUUCUGGAGAUACUGUUUUCCUUCAAAAUGAAACAUCCAAAUGCAGACACCUGCAUCUCUCUGCUAACUGUCUGGUCUCUUCACUUGCAGCAACAUUCCUAGAUUUCCUGAUUAUUUUCCCUGAUUAUUUUUAAUUAUUUUAAUUAUUUUUUCCUGAUUAUUUUGAAUUUUUUUUUCAGAAAAAUUUUGUUUUAAAUGUUGGUGGAGACAAUUCAUUAGUUUUUCUCAUUUUAUUCCUUAAAAGAAGAAGGAUAGUCCAAAACCAAGACAGAAGAGUCCUUACUGUUCUAACUGCUACAGCUCAUGGAUUAUAUCCUGCAACAAUGAAGACAGCUCAGGCUCUGCAGAGAAUGUGGUCACAUGCAGUCAAAAAGUUGGGGAUUUUGAAAGGGCACAUGAAGUAUGAAGAAAUUGGCAAGGCCUCAGGCAUGGAAGAGCUGAUAUGGGAACAGUACACAGUGACCUUACAAAAGGAUUCAAAACGAGGAUUUGGGAUUGCAGUUUCUGGCGGCAGAGAUAACCCUCAUUUUGAAAACGGUGAAACAUCGAUAGUAAUUUCGGAUGUUCUCCCAGGUGGUCCAGCAGAUGGAUUACUUCAAGAAAAUGACCGAGUGGUCAUCGUUAAUGGGACCCCAAUGGAAAAUGUUCUACAUUCUUUUGCAGUUCAGCAGCUUAGAAAAAGUGGAAAAGUGGCCACCAUUGUAGUGAAAAGACCAAGGAAAGUGCAGACUGCUGCCCUGCAAAGAAGCCCCUCCCUUGACUAUGAAGACAGAGCUUUAGAUGUUAUGGAUGACCAUGCAGAAUUUGAUGGCAAAAGUGCUCGAAGUGGCUACAGUGAGAGAAGCUGGCACAGUGGAAACGGGGGGCGCAGCCAAAGCUGGGCAAACAACCUGGACCAGAGCUAUAGAGAUGAGCACGACCGAGGGCGUAACCGGGGCAGAGACCGUGACAGGGAAUGCAGCUACAGCCGCGAUCGCAGUCGUGGCAGGAGCGUUGACAGGAGCUUGGAUCGAGACUAUAGAAGGGAUCAGAGCAGAGGAAGGAGCAUCGACAGGGAUGCUGGCUAUGAGCGGGACUACAGAGGAGACUACAGCCCACCCAGUUACAGUCAUGGAUCUGUAUCUGAUCCUAGAUAUGGGAGGGAAAUGAGGAGUCGUAGUCAGGACAGGCUUCGUUCCCGCAGUCCUUCUCCCGAAAUACACAGCCAACAUGAGUACCUAGGGCCACAGGAUCAGCAUGCACCAAUCAGUGUUCUCCUAACAAAAGGCAGACAUAAUGAAGAGUAUGGACUCCGUCUUGGAAGUCAGAUCUUCAUAAAAGAAAUGACUCGUACUGGCCUAGCAACCAAAGAUGGCAACCUUCAUGAAGGAGAUAUCAUUCUCAAGAUCAAUGGUACAGUGACAGAGAACAUGUCUUUAGCUGAUGCCCGAAAAUUGAUUGAGAAAUCUCGUGGGAAACUCCAGCUGGUUGUUCUCAGGGACCGAAAGCAGACACUGCUCAACAUUCCUUCCCUGAACGACAGUGACUCAGAAAUGGAUGAUAUUUCUGAAAUAGAGUCAAACAGAUCAUUCUCCCCUCAAGAUGACAGAUUGCAUCAUUCUGAUCUAGAUUCACAUUCAUCCAAUGAAAAACUGAAAGAGAAACCAAAUGCAAAAGAGGAUCCCUCCAGUAGGAUGUCCAGAAUGGGAGCAAUGCCUACUCCAUUCAAAUCAACUGGUGACAUUGCUACACCUGCUGUUACAGCUGUAGACUCAAACAAAGAACUGAAGUACCAAGAUGACCCAGCAGUGCCUCAGCCAAAAGCAGUUACACGAACAAUUCUUAAACCCAGCCCAGAAGAUGAAGCAAUAUAUGGUCCUAAUACAAAAAUGGUGAGAUUCAAGAAGGGAGACAGCGUGGGUCUACGACUGGCUGGUGGAAAUGAUGUAGGAAUAUUUAUUGCUGGCAUUCAAGAAGGUACCUCAGCUGAUCAGGAGGGACUGCAGGAAGGAGAUCAGAUUCUUAAGGUAAACACUCAAGACUUCAGAGGCAUUGUUCGGGAAGAAGCUGUUUUGUAUCUCUUAGAAAUUCCCAAAGGUGAAACCGUGACAAUUUUGGCUCAAAGCAAAUAUGAAGUCUACAGAGACAUCAUGGCCUGUGGCAGAGGAGAUUCAUUCUUCAUAAGGAGUCACUUUGAGUGUGAAAAAGAGUCACCACAGAGUUUAGCAUUCACCAGAGGGGAGAUCUUUAGAGUAGUUGAUACCCUGUAUGAUGGCAAACUGGGAAACUGGCUGGCUGUAAGAAUUGGAAAUGAACUGGAAAAGGGCCUCAUUCCAAAUAAGAGCAGAGCUGAACAGAUGGCCAGUGUUCAAAAUGCCCAAAAAGAUGGCUCAGGUGAUAGGGCAGAUUUCUGGAGAACACGUGGCCAGCGAUCUGGAGCAAAGAAGAAUCUGAGGAAGAGCCGUGAAGAUCUGACAGCUAUUGUAUCUGUGAGCACAAAAUUCCCAGCCUAUGAGCGCGUCCAGUUGCGUGAAGCUGGUUUUAAGAGACCUGUGGUGAUAUUUGGCCCUAUUGCAGAUGUCGCUAUGGAAAAGUUGUCAAAUGAUUUGCCUCACCUGUACCAGACAGCAAAGACAGAGCCCAGAGAUGCAGGUUCGGAGAAGUCAACUGGGGUAGUGCGCUUGAACACUGUGAGGCAAAUCAUUGAGCAGGAUAAACAUGCUCUGUUGGAUGUCACUCCUAAAGCAGUGGACCUGCUAAAUUACACCCAGUGGUUUCCAAUUGUGGUCUUCUUUAACCCAGACAGUAAGCAGGGUGUGAAGACCAUGAGACAAAGGCUAUGUUCUACAUCAAACAAGAGCUCAAGAAAACUUUAUGAGCAAGCAAACAAACUGAAGAAAACUUGUUCCCACCUCUUUACAGCAACCAUUAAUUUGAAUUCAGCCAACGACAGCUGGUAUGGUAGCCUGAAGGAUACAAUUCAGCAGCAGCAAGGAGAAGCAGUAUGGGUAUCAGAAGGAAAGAUGGAUGGCAUGGAAGAUGAUGCAGAUGAUCGUAUGUCUUACCUUACUGCCAUGGGUGCUGACUAUUUGAGCUGUGACAGUCGGCUGAUCAGCGACCUAGAGGAUACAGAUGGAGAAGGUGGAGCAUACACUGACAAUGAACUUGAUGAGCCUUUGGAGGAACCAAGGAUUUCAUCUGUUAGCCGAUCCUCUGAACCUGUGCAUCACGAGGAGAGUUUAAAAAAGUUUACCCCAGAACCAAGGGCUCAGUUAAGAAAAGCUGGUAGCAGGGAGAUCCUUAGAGAACCAAGUCCACCUCCAGCAUUCAAGCCUGAACCACCUAAGGGAAGGUUACAAAACAAAGAGGAUCCAUAUGACUUCCCUAAGAACUAUGACUCCAGAUCAAGUAAUGUUGCUAUCAGCAGUGAGACUUCAAAUGUAUCAGCUAAAGCAGCGCCACCACCUGUUUCUGUGAAACCUGCCUUUGGGCGUCCCAUUCUGAGAAACUCUCAGCCAGCAGUCCUGCCUGCAGAGGAGGAGGAGGAGGAGGAAGCAAAGUUGGAAGAGGAAGGAAGCGAACAAGAAAAUACUCCAAAAUCAGUACUGAGGAAAGUAAAAAUAUUUGAGGAGAUGGAUCACAAGGCAAGGAUGCAAAGAAUGCAAGAGCUACAAGAGGCCCAAAAUGCCAGGCUUGAAAUAGCCCAGAAGCAUCCAGAUAUUUAUGCUGUCCCUGUCAAAACACAGAAGUCUGAACAGAACUGGCCCCAGCCGAUGAGCUCCAGGCCUCCGGAACCCCAGAAACCUCCUGUCAGACCUUACCUGGAGAACCGUGUCAGUUACGGCAGUGAUGUGGAGGAGGAGGAGGAGGAGUACCGCAGGCAGCUGGCAGACCACUCUAAGAAGGGCUAUUAUGGACAGCCUUCCAGAUACAGGGACACUGAGUUGUAGGCUUGCUAGCAUGUCCAUGUCCAACACUCUUCUGAGGUUUCUUCCUUCGCAGCCAAAAUGGAACAGUAGUUAGUCUUGAAAAGCUGUAUUUUUACCGGGGGUGGUGUUAGAGGGUACGCUACUCAACUCAGACAUAUCUAUACACUGGAACUGGAAGAGUUCAUUUUUUGGGGAUAUUACUUUGUCAGCGUCUAUGAAAAGAAAUCACUAUUGCCUGAAUGCUGUUGCCUGUUUUAUAAGGACCAAAUCCUUACAGUUUGUGUUAAUUCUUGGCAUUUUCAUAUUUUAAUGUAAGUCCUCCUCUUCCCUUUUUAUUAAUGCUGCCUUUUUGGACUGUUCUCUUCUGUGUUAUGAAAGUAUGAUCCCAGAGAUACGCUUCCUAAUGCAAUAGAAACUAAAUGUGAAAGUGUAUUUGAAGAACAGUAAGUGCCUUUAACAAGAAGCAUCUGAAAUUGUUUCGACAUCUGAUACUUGGCGCAAAGCCAUAACACACUAAAAAGGGGAUUGACUGUUUUACCUAUCUUUAUUUUUUAUCAGUUUCAUGGUAACAAUUUUCCUUGCAUGUUAUUUUUCUAAGUUCAUAGGUGCAUAUGCAAUAUUCAUAAAUACUGACUGUAUAUAUUAAAGGUGCAAUUGACUGGGUGGUUGGAAAAGACCAGGAUGUGCUUAAACAGAGAAAAUGGUGUAGAAAAUUC